AUGGAUGCUGCUGAUGCGCUUGAUCGAUCGUCGUUGACGUUUCCUCUUGUGUGUGAUGAAAGGCAACAAUAUGAGGAAGUAGAGGCAAUUGACUGUGAUCAAACUAAAACGACCUCUGUUUUGAAAACUUGUUUCAAUGGACUCAAUGCCCUAUCAGGAGUUGGGAUGCUAUCAGUUCCUUAUGCACUCUCAUCAGGAGGGUGGCUAAGCUUGAUACUUCUUUUUGUAAUUGCUGUUGCUGCCUUUUACACAGGCUUGUUAAUUCAAAGAUGUAUGGAUGAAGAUUCUACUAUAAGAACUUAUCCUGACAUUGGUGAACGUGCAUUUGGGAAAAAGGGAAAAAUAGUUUUGUCAAUUUUCAUGAACACAGAACUCUACUUAGUUGCAACUGCUUUCCUAAUUCUAGAAGGAGAUAACCUACACAACUUAUUUCCAGAAAUGAAAUUGCAAGUGGCUGGAUUAACAAUUAGUGGGAAGAAGUGCUUUACAAUACUUGGCGGACUUAUUGUUCUGCCGACUGUGUGGUUUGAUAGCCUCAGCCUUCUUUCUUAUGUCUCUGCAAGUGGGGUUUUUUCAUCUGUUAUCAUUAUUGGGUCAAUUUUGUGGACUGCUGUUUUUGAUGGAAUUGGAUUUCACCAAGAGGGAUCGGUACCGCUUAAUUGGAGUGGAAUCCCUACUGCUGUUAGCUUAUAUGCCUUCUGCUAUUGUGCGCAUCCAGUGUUCCCUACGCUCUACAAAUCAAUGAAAAACAAACGUCAGUUCCUGAAUGUCCUCCUCGUGUGCUUUAUUUUAUGCACCCUUGGUUAUGCAUCAAUGGCAGUUUUAGGGUACUUAAUGUUCGGGUCAACAGUCGAAUCACAGAUAACUUUAAACCUCCCAACUGAAGAACUUAGCUCAAAAAUCGCAAUAUGGACCACCCUUAUCAAUCCAUUGUCCAAAUAUGCUUUAAUGGUUACACCAAUCCUAAACACUGCCCAAAAUUGGUUUCCAAGUUGCAGCAAAAAAAGUCGAAGCUUCCGCCUAUUUCUCAGCACUUCCUUGGUACUUAUCGAAAUCUCGGAUGUGAAAUGUUGA